AUGGUGACAAUCGGCAUCAAUGGCUUUGGUCGUAUUGGUCGUCUUGUCUUGAGAGCGACGUUCCAACCCGGAAAAGAAAAUAUCGAUGUGGUUGCCAUUAAUGACCCUUUUCUUGACAUUAACUAUAUGCUGUAUCUGUUCAAAUAUGAUUCUGCACAUGGAAGAUUCAAAGGCGAAGUUAGCGUUGAAAACAAUAAACUUAAGAUAGGUAGACACACCGUCACAGUUUUGAACGAAAGAAAUCCGGAAGAUAUUAACUGGGGUGAGCUUGGUGUCGAAUUUGUGGUCGAAUCAAGUGGUCAGUUCACAACUAUGGAGAAAGCAUCGGCUCAUCUAAAAGGGGGCGCCAAGAAGGUCAUUAUCACCUCACCAAGUGCAGAUGUGCCAAUGUUUGUGUGUGGUGUGAAUCUUGAGAAAUAUGAUUCUAAAUAUAAAGUCAUUUCCAACGCGUCGUGCACGACUAAUUGUCUUGCCCCACUGGCUAAGAUAAUUCACGACAAGUUCGGUAUUGAGGAAGGGCUUAUGACUACCGUUCAUGCUACCACUGCUACUCAAAGGACAGUCGAUGGUCCCUCCGGCAAAGACUGGAGAAGAGGUAGAGGUGCGGCUCAAAAUAUUAUUCCGAGUAGUACUGGCGCUGCUAAAGCCGUCGGUAAAGUAAUCCCAGAACUCAAUGGAAAAUUGACUGGCAUUGCUUUCAGAAUUCCGCCGCUUAUUGUCUCUGUAGUUGAUCUCACUGUUCGGACAAAACUUAGUGCUAGUUAUGAUAACAUCAAAGCUGCUGUUAAAGAGGCGACAGCGGAUCCGAAAUACAAGGGAAUCGUAGCGUAUACGGAAGACGAUGUUGUUUCCAGAGAUUUUGUUAGCGACACACAUUCGUGCAUUUUCGAUGCCAAAGCCGGUAUCGGCUUGAACGAUCAUUUCGUUAAACUUGUUGCCUGGUAUGACAAUGAAUUUGGUUACUCGACGCGUGUGCUUGACUUACUUGAGUACGUUGUCACAGAAGAUUUGAAAGGCUAA